CAAACGGCAGAAAUUCAAUUGCGGUCCGCCCUCCUCGUAUCAGCAACCUUUCUAUUCCAUUGUCCGUAGUGAGUUGUGAAAAUGGACCCCUCCUCCGAAACCAGACCUUCUCCGACCGUGUGGAGGCUGAAACCCAUCGAAGCUACAUCGGAGACCUUCCGAGGGUUCGGGCAAGUGAUUGAGGCGGCGCCUGACGGCGACGAGUUCGGUCCCCACGAUGCUCAACUCGACCUCAGCCGCGGCGUUCCUAGGUUUUACAUAAUGCAGCUAAAAAACCGGUCACUGAAAUUUUCAACCAUCACACACCAUGCCAAUGUAACACAGUGUCUUGGAUCAGUCGGAGGACGUGUUUGGUAUCUUGGAGUUGCUAAGCCAUCUGUAGUAGAUCCAAGUGGCGGCACAGUCGUUGCUAAUAAUGUGCGGCGAUCAGACUGUGGGCAUUUCUAUGUGCCUCCUGCUGUUUAUGAAGUGCAUGCAUUUAGAAUCAAAGGUUCAAAGUUUAUAAAGCUAAAUAUAGGUACAUGGCAUGCUGGACCGUUGUUCACAGAUGAUAUGAUGGACUUCUACAAUCUGGAACUGAGCAAUACAAAUGUUGUUGAUCACACAACACAUGACUUCAUCAAGGAGAAUAGGGUGGUAUUCCAUUUGGAAGAGUAACUGAUUUUCUUCGGCAAGAGUGUGUACGGUCAUCGAUUUCUGCUUCCUCUGCUCAACUUGUUACAAUCUUCUGAUUCUUUUCCUUGUAAGAGAUUUGUAAAUAAAAACUUGUGUUUGUAUUUGUAUUUAGGAGCACCGUACUUCAACGUUCUCCCUAUUAUUAAUACACAUUAUCUGGCCUCUUUGGCAAAUGCAUAGAGCAGCAGCACUAUCCGUUUGUAAUACGAGAUGUUUUUGUUCCAACUUCCAUUACCAUAUUAACCAAUUUGAGUUAUUUUCC